AUGGACUAUGACUUUAAAGUGAAGCUGAGCAGCGAGCGGGAGCGGGUCGAGGACCUGUUUGAAUACGAGGGCUGCAAAGUUGGCCGAGGCACUUACGGUCACGUCUACAAAGCCAAGAGGAAAGAUGGGAAGGAUGAUAAAGACUAUGCUUUAAAACAAAUAGAAGGAACUGGGAUCUCUAUGUCGGCAUGUAGAGAAAUAGCAUUACUUCGAGAGCUUAAGCAUCCAAACGUCAUCGCUCUUCAGAAGGUGUUUCUGUCUCAUGCUGAUCGGAAAGUGUGGCUUCUUUUUGACUUCGCUGAACAUGACCUCUGGCAUAUAAUCAAGUUUCACAGAGCUUCUAAAGCAAACAAGAAGCCAGUUCAGUUACCUCGGGGAAUGGUGAAGUCACUACUAUAUCAGAUCCUAGAUGGUAUUCACUACCUGCAUGCUAACUGGGUGUUGCACAGGGAUUUGAAACCUGCUAAUAUUUUAGUUAUGGGUGAAGGUCCUGAGCGAGGAAGAGUAAAAAUUGCCGAUAUGGGCUUUGCCCGAUUAUUUAAUUCACCUUUGAAGCCUUUAGCAGAUUUGGAUCCAGUGGUUGUAACAUUCUGGUACCGAGCCCCUGAGCUGCUUCUGGGAGCAAGACAUUAUACCAAAGCUAUUGAUAUUUGGGCUAUAGGGUGUAUAUUUGCAGAACUACUAACGUCAGAACCAAUAUUUCACUGUCGACAAGAGGACAUCAAAACUAGUAAUCCUUAUCACCAUGACCAGCUGGACAGAAUAUUCAAUGUAAUGGGAUUUCCUGCAGAUAAAGAUUGGGAAGAUAUAAAAAAGAUGCCCGAACAUUCGACAUUAAUGAAAGAUUUCAGAAGAAAUACGUAUACAAACUGCAGCCUUAUCAAGUAUAUGGAAAAACAUAAAGUUAAACCAGAUAGUAAAGCAUUCCACUUGCUUCAGAAGUUGCUCACCAUGGACCCAAUAAAGCGAAUUACCUCAGAACAGGCUAUGCAGGAUCCCUAUUUCUUAGAAGACCCACUUCCUACAUCCGAUGUUUUUGCCGGUUGUCAAAUCCCUUACCCAAAACGAGAAUUUUUAACAGAAGAAGAACCUGAUGACAAAGGAGACAAAAAGAACCAGCAGCAGCAGCAGGGCAAUAACCACACUAAUGGAACUGGUCACCCAGGGAAUCAAGACAGCAGUCACACACAGGGACCCCCGUUGAAAAAAGUGAGAGUUGUUCCUCCUACCACUACCUCAGGUGGACUAAUCAUGACCUCAGACUAUCAGCGUUCCAAUCCACAUGCUGCCUAUCCCAACCCUGGACCAAGCACAUCACAGCCGCAGAGCAGCAUGGGAUACUCAGCUACCUCCCAGCAGCCUCCACAGUACUCACAUCAGACACAUCGGUACUGAGCUGCGUCCGAAUCUUGUCAAUGCACUGUUGCGAAUGCUGCAGGGCUGGCUGUGCAGCUCCCCGCAGGAACCUGGUAUGGGCCGUGAGAAUGUACUGUACACCCACAUCUUCAAAAUGUCCAGUAGCCAAGUUCCACCACUUUUCACAGAUUGGGGUAGUGGCUUCCAAGUUGUACCUAUUUUGGAGUUAGACUUGAAAAGAAAGUGCUAGCACAGUUUGUGUUGUGGAUUUGCUACUUCCAUAGUUUACUUGACAUGGUUCAGACUGACCAAUGCAUUUUUUUCAGUGACAGUCUGUAGCAGUUGAAGCUGUGAAAUGUGCUAGGGGCAAGCAUUUGUCAUUGUAUGUGGUGAAUUCUUUCAGUGUAACAACGUUAUCUGACCAAUAGUACACACAGACACAAAAGUUUAACUGGUACUUGAAACAUACAGUAUAUGUUAACUCAAUGAAAUAACCAAGACUCAAAAGGAGAUUAUUUUGGUACACCUUUCUUUUUAGUGUCUUAUCAGUGGGUUGAUUCAUUUUCUACAUUAAUCAGUGUUUUUUGACCAAGAAUAUUGCUUGGAUUUUUUUGAAAGUACAAAAAGCCACAUAGUUUCUCCAGAAAGGUUUCAAAACUCCCAAAGAUUAAUUUCCAAUUUAUAAGUUUGUUUUUAUUUUCAAUCUGUGACUUGACUGGUAUUAAAGCUGCUAUUUGAUAGUAAUUAAAUAUGUUGUCAUUGAUAUAAACAUGUUUGGUUCAGCAAACAAACUAAAAUGAUUGUCAUAGACAGUGUUUUAUUUUUCCUGUUGGUGUUGCUGAUUUGUGAGCAUGCUUUAAGAUGAAAAAAGCAUGAAUGAUAACUUCUUUAAAGAGGUGCGGCAUCCAAUUCAGAUAUUUUUGUCCUGAUUUUAAAGCUGGUUGGUGUAGUGCUAUUAUAAUUUUGUUCAAUUAAUUUUCUUUUUAAAAAUUUGUUCGCACGUUGUUUAGGGUGCCCUUACUUCAGCAAAGGAGAAGGAGUAGGAGAGCCUUAGAAUUUUUGAGGAAAAAAAAAAAACCUAUAACAUACAAUGUACUGUAUCAAACUAUUUUACAUGAAUGACACAAGUAUUCUGAAUAAAAAAAAUAAUUGAACAUUGUUAAAAACAAGGUGUUAUGUAAUAAAUUUAUUUUUCAUAAAUCAAAA